CGGUAACCCUCCCGCGACGGAGAGUUUAAACACUAAAAUGGCCGCGAGCGACGUCCUCCGAUCGCGGGAGCUCUUGGCCAUCAUUGCCGCGCACCAGAGCGGGUUACCCGAGGCGGUCGCCGAUAUACCGCGCCUUACGAGCGCCGUCAGGCUCGCCGGGUAUACCGAUAUCAAGUACCUCACAAACAUCCCGCUGCGGUUUGCGUCGUUGCCAUACCUCCAGCGGUACCGAGACCCCGCAACAAUGCUCCUCGCCCGUGCCCUCAUCUUGGCCACCAGCCGCAACUCUCAAAACGUGGACCCGGCGCUGCCCUUGCACCUCUUGGUCGUCGAAGGCAACGUAGCGACCGUCGCGCUCUGGCUCCGAUGCAAGCCCGGGUUCGUCACGUCAAGGACGCUCGAGCUCGCGGCCGUAGCGUCCCAAGGCGCCGUUCUGCGCUUUCUCUAUGAUCGCUAUCCGGCACUUGCGACGCCAACGGUGAUGGACCUCGUGGCCAAGGCAGGCGAUGCGACGCUCCUGCGGUGGCUGCACGCGGCGGGUGCGUCCUGCACCAAAGCUGCGAUGGACGGAGCGGCCAUGAACGGGCACCUGGACGCUGUCGUCUUUCUGCACGAAGCGAGAACCGAAGGCUGCACGAAGAUUGCGGCCACCGCGGCGGUGCGGAAUGGCCACGCCGACAUCGUCCGGUUCCUCCUCGAGCACCGUACCGAAGGCAUCGAUCCAUAUUUGCGCCACUCGAUCCCGUACAUCAACUACCAUACGCACUCGGUCAUUGGUACGACGCACGUGGGCGCGGUCGAUGCGGCCAUGGCGCGAUCCCUCCUCGCAUCCGAGGCCGUCCAACUCGUUACGAAAGAGGCACUGGGCUUUGCCGAGCUGCAGCACUUUUACAGCCGCGGGUACUGCACGAUGGCCAAAAGCUUGCUCGAGUGGGCCGUCACUCGCCACGACAACGCGAUGCUGGCCUAUGUCUUGGAUGGGAUUUGCACCGAGCACGCGCAGCCCAAGAGCGACGACGAGUGGCUGCCACCACUUGGCGACUGGAAGAACAGCAGAGCGAUCGACCUCGCUGCGUUUUACGGAAACGUGGCAGCACUGGAGCUCUUGCACGCGAGUCGGCUCCAGUGUGCGUCCGCGCGCGCCAUGGCCUUUGCGAGCUACAACGGACACUUGCACGUGCUCCAGUGGCUCCACGCCCAUCGCCGAGAUGGCUGCUCGGAAGAUGCCUUGGCGCUCGCUGCGGCGCGCGGCCAUCUGCACGUUGUGCGCUGGCUACUGGAAGUCUAUCAAGUGCCCAUGACCCAAGCCGCGCUCGCCACGGCAGCCUACGUGGGCGACUUGGCCAUUGUCACGUACCUCUCGAAGCUGCCAUACACCGACGGCCGUGAGAACGUUCGCAGCGGCGGGCUGUGUCGUUCGUUCCUUCCCAAGAACGGCGGUGCACUGGACCGCGGCGGCGGCGACUAUGUCAACGGCCCUGCCGCCAAGUGGGCCGCGCGCAACGGCCAUUUCGACGUACUCCAAGUGUUGCUCGCUGCUGGCCACACUUUGUAGCCGGCGGCCAUGGACGAGGCCAUUUGCUAACGCAACGCUACCUCGACAAAGUCGGCGCGCUCUUCUGCAGUUUCCUCACGAGUUGCGAUGCCAUGACGAAGAAAAUUUGUGAUUUUGUGCG